GCCGAGCCCGGGGCAGCAGCUGUGGGGAGGCACCUUCCGGCAACGGGGGACCCGAGCGCGGUGAGCCCGUGAGCGCCUCGCGGCUCCGCCACAACAGUCGCGCCUGCGUCGCGGGGUGGGACGUGACGUCAGGCUCGCUCCAGGGACGCUCCUGCGGCGUGCCCAAGCCACUCUGCAUUUCGGUGAAGCUGGGGAUUCGGACAAAGUAGAAAUGAGGAAAAAGGAAAUCAUCCUCUAACUCGAGUGACUUAAACGGAAAUACAAGCAGUUUUGACAGUUGUUUACCGACUACAAGGAAAAGAGCAGAGGCACUGCCUCUCUCGCCUCCGAGGUCGCCUCUGGCCUAUCACGCGCCGCGCCUAGCGCGGUUCCCGCCCCCAAAGUCCCCUCCGGCCUAUCUCGAAGUGUGCCCCACGCAGGGCCCGCCCCCGUCCGGAGUGUUGCCCUCAGUCGGCCUAUCCUACCCCGUGUGCGCAGGACACCGCCCUCUCGCAGCCCUGGCGCGCCCACACGACCCCUGGCAUUUUCCCGCGCUGCGUGCGAGCACCGCCCCCGAUAUCUCUCCUGGCCUAUCCUGCGCCUUGCUGUGCACGAACCCCGCCUCUGCCCUCGCCCUCGGCCUAUCCCGCGCGGCGCUGAAUACGAGCCCUGCCCCCUUCCUGCGCGGGGGUUGGCGCUCGUCUGAGACGUCAUUAGCGCGGCGAGGCGCGGACGCGGAGUUUCCCGGGGCCCGCGGCUAUGCCCAAGCGGGCCAGCCCCUUCGGGGACGCGGCCCCGCUGCAGCUGAAGGUUCGCGUGGGCUGGAAGGAGCUGGGGCGCGGCGUGUGCGCCGAGCGUUACUCGCGGGAGAUCUUCGAGAGGACCAGACAGCUCCUUUUUCGUGGGGCCCAGGCCUACACGCACCACGUGUGGGAGGAAAGCUGUGCCGUCGUUGACCUGCCUGAGUCCCCGAAGCCUGGCCCCACGGAAGCCCCUCGGGCCACACUUGGACAGAUGCUGAUUGGACCAGACGGCCGGCUGACCAGGAGGAGAGCCGAGGCUUGUGAAGCCGACGUGUCUGGGACGGUGUCCAGAGCCUGCUCCUCAUGUGUGCGAGCUGUGGACGGGACGGCGGCGUGCAGCCAGUGUGAGCGUGCCUUGUGCGGGCGCUGCGUGCGCACCUGCAGGGGCUGCGGGGCCUCGGCCUGCGCCCUGUGCACCCUCGUGGACUGCGGUGACGACCACGAGGAAGUGCUCUGUGCCGGCUGUGCUGUGUUCGAAGCCUGAGGGGGCUGGAGGGGCCGCCGAGCCUGGACAGCCUUACUGGUGCCUGCGCAGAGGGAGUGGGGGGGGCUUGCUUUUUGAUAUUUGUGCUCCUAGAGACAGACUGAAUAAACCCUGUAUAUUUGGAUAAGA